AUGCUCACUGCCCUCAGAUCUACAUUUUCAGGUCGGAGAGCAACUAUGGAUACCCUCAUAGCAGUUGUUGGCGCGACAGGCACGGGCAAAUCCAAGCUCGCAGUAGACCUGGCUUGUCGAUUCAAUGGCGAGAUAAUAAAUGGAGAUGCGAUGCAAAUGUAUCGCGGUUUACCAAUCAUCACCAACCAGAUCCCCGUUAACGAGCGAAACGGCAUUCCCCAUCAUCUUCUGAGUUGUGUCGACUUCGAGGCUGAAGCUUGGCGCAUCGGUCAGUUCAAGCGAGAGGCCCUGAGACUCAUAGACGAUAUCAGGUCACGUGGGAAGGUCCCGAUUCUCGUGGGUGGCACGCAUUACUAUACGCAGGCUGUCCUAUUUAAGGAUUCUUUAGUGGGGGAAGGCUCGGAAGAUAAAGAAGAAUCGGACAUCCCCGCGGAAAGCGCUUCCUCAUCGGAGAAAUGGCCAAUUUUAGACGACGCUCCGGAAGUUAUGAUGGAGAAGCUGCGCGAGGUAGACCCCGUGAUGGCUGCUCGGUGGCACCCUAAAGAUGGGCGGAAAAUCCGGCGUUCGUUGGAGAUCUUCUUCCAGACCGGACGGCGGGCGUCUGAGAUUUACGCAGAACAGCAAGCACUGAAAAAGGAAACGGUCCAAAACAAAGAAGGCCUGCUCCGAUUCAGCGACACUGUAAUCUUUUGGGUCCAUGCAGAGAAAGAGGUCCUGAACGGUCGUCUAGACUCGCGGGUCGAUACCAUGAUCGAGCAAGGACUGAUGGCGGAAGCCCGUAAAAUGGCGGCCUAUAUCGAUGAACAGCAUGCGCAGGGUGUAGAAGUUGAUCAAACUCGCGGCGUGUGGGUUUCGAUAGGGUUCAAGGAAAUGGUGCCGUAUUUCGCCGCACUUCAGAAGGGAGAUAUGGAUGAAACGGAGCUGGAGAAACUCAGGAAAGAAUGCAUCGAGUUAAUCCGUAUAGCCACACGUCAGUACGGCGUUUCGCAGGUCAAAUGGAUUCGCAACAAACUUUGGCAGGCUCUCUCUGAGGCGAACAUGACCAACCGCCUCUAUCUGCUGGAUAGUAGCGAUGUUUCCCAGUGGCAAAAAUGUGUUGCUGAGCCUUCAGAGCGCUUGGUCGAGUCGAUUCUUCGGAAAGAACCGACUCCGGAUCCGAAGUCACUAUCUCGACUCGCCGAGGAGGUAUUCAGCGCCAAGGAACAGAAGGCCCGAGCCACAGUAUUGGACAAUACAUGCUAUUUUUGCGAUGUUUGUAACAAGACUCUGGCCGGUGACGAGCAGUGGAAGAUUCAUCUCGCUGGCCGAGCUCACAAGCGGGCUAUCAAGUCAGCCGCUAAACAAGCAAAUAUGGCGGAGUAUAUUCGGCAGCGAAAACUGGAAUCCCAGGAUCUGAAACGGGAGUCAGCCGCAGUUACGGAAGGCUAG